GCGAUACUCUACUCUACAGUACCUCCAUAGAGAACCUACACGAAGAUCCUUCGCCCCAACUCUCUUGCCCCCCCACCGCCAUUCAAAUCCUCUUACUCACUCCUCUGCCGGAGUAGCUCUAACUUUGAAAGACUUUUCUGAGCGCUUAAUUCAAAUCUCCAUACCAUCUGUCCCUCUUCCCCAUAUUGCCCCUCACCUUCGUCCCAAAUGCUGGAGCUGGCAACUGUUGUCGUUUCUUAACCUACCGCGUCGUCCGCAUCCAAGCACUCACGCCUUCGCUACCCGGAGCGCUCGAUAUCCACAACUCCCAUUGGUCGAGCGUCCGCAGCAGCUAAAGCUACAUACAGAGCAGCCACAAUCAGGCCUAAGCUCCGCCCACGUCCAACGAACGGACAAGAACCCCAAACCCAUCCGCCUCUCUAACCAACCUCCUCCGCUCCUCACCCCCAUACUGGUUGAACGAUAGACGGCCCCACAUGUUUUCGUUCCCCAGACUCCCACAGCAGUGGGAGAAGCGACUCGUUCGAUAUAUCAUACAUCGCUUGGACCUGGUGGAGGAACGGACGCUCGGUGAUCUCGAGAAUAUUGGUGGCUCUUUUGGCAGGGAUUCGGUCUUCACGGUGCGGGAUGUCGGUAUCAAGGUGGAGAGGCUACGAACUCUAAUCAAGAUCCCCCACCGGUUCGAGCUCUUGGAAGCCGUGAUCGGAACGCUUUCGAUCAGCUUAUCGUUCAACUCGUUUUUGUCGGGCGCCGUCGAGAUCCUUAUAAGCGAUGUCAAGAUAGCCGUCAAAGUGACCCCGCCGCCACCGGACGAUGUUUCGGAGGCGUCGAGCACCUCGCCACCGUCAACCCCGCGUCCCGGCGACAGAGCUUCAGAGCUUAGUCCGGAGGAGUUUCCUGUGUCGGCCGAAGAUCUUGCACAGUCGUUCCUACAGUCUCAAACGCGAGCGGAGCAGCAACAGCUCAUGUCGCUCUAUGCGGAGGCGCCGAUGGACGCGAGCAUUAUGUCAUCUAUUACUACGUCGGAGGAGGACGAGGAUGAGGAGCUGGGAGUUGGAACCUCGCCCGGCUUGCCCAAAAUGCUGGCGAGCAUGUUCAAGGGCAUUGCCGAUAGGAUGAUUGUGAGAGUGCGGGGUGUUAGUGCGUCGCUGGAAGCGACACUACCGGAGGAGAAGGGUGGCGAGAAGGUGUUCCUGGAACUCGAGGUGGAGGACGUAGACAUCGAGGGCGUCUCGCGGAAUGUCAGCCCGUCAGAUUCGACGAGAAUACCACAAGAAAAGCCGCGGAAAGAAGGGAAGCGUCGCAUCACGCUGGAGAACAUUCGAGGAUUCAUCACUGCUACCGAGACCAUGUUCGGGACGAGCCCGGAGGAGAGUGCUGUAUUCGGGGAUGCCUCAGAAGCUAUGACGGAGAAAGGGGGUGUCGCAGAUGCAAAGCAGACGACAGACGACGAGGAGAUGGCUAGGAGCAUAAUCCGAGAUGCAUCGCCCGUACCACGCCAGCCCUCCACUGUGGCACCCGUCGGUUCACCACAGCCAACUGGAACGUCUCCAUCCGAUGUCGGGGAUGAGGACGGCGUCGACCUCCAGAGGAGUUAUAGUUCCCAAGAUGAUAGAUUCGACGAUUUCGAAGACUCCGAUGAGGAAGUGCUUGCCUUUGUGAGGCCGUCAAUGAGAGCCUCUACACGGCCUACGUUGUCGAACAAGCCGAACAACAUCCUUCGUGAAAACUACUUCGACAAUUAUGCCGCGGAUGAUGAUAGCGAUGACGAGGUUGGGGGGGCCGUGUUUGCCUCUUCGAUGCCUCAACAGCUCCGACUUUCACCUUCGGCAUCCGUUAUAUCGGCGGGAUCGUCAGCAUUCUCCUCGCCUUCCUCUAGCCCUCCAAAAACCGAGCCUUUUGUGCAACCUAUCCCUCAACCACCGAUCCGGGCAGCCGAUCCAUCGCUGUCCCCGUCGCCAUCACCGCCGCCACAAGCCCUGAGCGAUAUAGAGAGCAGCGAGGAUGAGAUGGACCAGGAAGCCAGUAGAAUGCUCAGCCAGUCUACUAUAUUCUCCCGCGAGGAAGCCGAUAGUUUGUACAUGUCUGCCACGAGCGGAAUGCUACGGUCGCAGUCGCAGCUACGGGUGCACUCGACGCUUGAUGGUCGAGACGACAUUAUAGAAGAUAUUGACGCAGAUGAGAUGGACCAGCGUCUGGACAGACUCAUCAAUGGCGAGUCUGACUUUUCCAGAAAUUCCUCGCUCCCUCCACACACGGAAGGUGGUUGUCCAGAUAUGCCUAAAGCUCGGGACAACGUCAGGAGGAUCCGCAAAAAGUGUAUCGACGUCGAUCUUGUUACGAUAUUCUAUCCUUCGUUGUCGGCUGGUGUGACAAUUGUUCCCCGAGACGAGACACCUGCCCGCGAUAGAAGUGAGGAGAUGCACGCAAGUGUCAGUGGAUUCCAGCAGCAGGAUAUGCCAGGUGCAUUCUCGUCGUACGCGUCUAGAUAUGCCCCUCGGACCCCGCCGCCGCCCAAAUCGUCCUCGCCUGUUCCAUAUCGUUCGCCGCCCCGGGUCAAGAUUGUGGAUUCCGUGGAUGCAAGACCGGUGGUUGCUCCCUACGGGAAUCUUGUCGGCGAUUUCGUGACUACGGGCGCUGCCGAUAUUGAGAUAAUCGCGUCGAACAUCCAUGGCACCGUUGAUAUCCACACUGAGAAGAUGCUUGCUCAUCUCUUAGAGGUGGUUCAGGAUAUCAUCGCUGAACAGGACACGGAGGCCCCCAAGAAGAAACCCAAGGCAAAGCCCGAGCCAGGACCUAAGCAGACGGUGCAGCUCGUUGCAAAAGAGGUCGAUGUCCGGAUGAUCAAACACCUCGGCGGUUUCUAUACGGACAGCCACGAGGAAGAUGUGGGAGAUCCGACCAUCCAGCUGCAGUGUCUUCUGAACGAUAUCAAUCUAUUCCGAAGGGGCCUCGACGACGAAGCAUCUACCAACAAGUUGUCGAUCAAGAAAUUUGCCCUGAAGGACGAAGAGGAGGGUAUUAUCACUUUUCUGCGUUCUGCGCCGCCCCCGGUAUCGUCCGCUAAGAUGUCAACUUCGCAUCACAGAAAACGCUUUAGUGCAAGCACUACUGCUGGGCGACUUCACGGGAACGGUUCAGGAGACGAAGACGAUAUUACUGUAGUCUUCUCACAAAACGCAAAGAAGAUGCGGGUGAAUGUCAAAACUUUGCCGUUGAGGAUACGGGGAGAUCUGAAGAGGCUCGAGGAGACGUUUAGCGCGUUCGGUGGUGUGGGGAGUGUUUUAGCUAGUACGACUGCGAGUACCGCGACAAUCGGAAAAGCUGGGAGACCACCGCCAUGGCCGGAAAACGAGGCCGAGACUCCGGCUGUUGAUAUCAAAGUUCACUGCGACAUCGGCGGUCUGUUCUUCGACGUUGUUGGUACAAGUGCAAAGGUCGUCCUCGAAACAUCGCCGAUCAAAGUUGAUUUCCAAUCUGGUAAAGGAGUUUCAGUGAGCGUCGAUAAGAUCAACAUCUCCGGACCAGUUCCUGACAAAAAGGAUGUGAGCUUGGUGAUUGAGGGUACUACCAUGGAGUUCGCUAGUCGACCGACUCAAGAGGAUUUGGGUCGACUACUGGAGCUUUUGACCCCAAGCAAAGACCGAUUCGACGAUGAUGACAUUCUCAUUGACACUCUUUUACGGCAGAGAGAGCAAGGCAGUGUGUCGAGGAUAAAUGUCGCGGGUGUACGUGGGGAGCUACUGGAUAUGGACGUUUUUGAUGCAUUCAAGGCCCUGGGAGAUGAGGUCAUCCAGGUUCUCUCGGUCACCGACUUCGUUGCCGGCGAUGAACGCCCUGGACUUCUCACGAUUAUCAAUGUCGAGGCUGUCUACGCUUUUGCGAAGAUUGGCGGCGGCAUUGGCCGAUUGGAGGCUGAGAUGGAUUCGGUGGGGAUUACUCACAUCUCGGCACCGUCUUUGGUUGCAAUGGCCAUCGGCAAUAUCAGCGUGAGGCGGAACGAUCACGAAGAACUCUUGGGUGAAGGUAUAGAUCGACGUAUCUUUGUUGGCUCGCAACACGAGCGGCCCAUGAUCAUGGUUCGGAUGGUCGGUGAUGAGCCAGAGCCGGUUGUGAGGGUCAAACUCUGGAAUAUCCGAGCCGAAUACAAUGUCCAGACUCUGAUGGCUAUAAUGGAAUCUCCAGACGGAACCACAGGUGAACAACUUGCCCAGGACGUCGCCGACUCCAUUAUCACGCUACCUGCGAAGAAAGGCAAAGCCGAUGAUGCUGGUGGUCUGGGCUUCGAUGUUGUUAUCACGGACUCCGUUCUUUCGCUAAACCCCUUGGAUCUUAAAUCCCGUGGUCUCAUAAUACUUACCGAAUGUCGACUUCAGGCCGCCCUCCCGACCGGUGGAGCAGUCAGUGCGGGGAUGGAAAUCAAGAAGGCAGGCAUCAUGGUCAUUGACGAUGUUGACCGCCUUCUUGCCGCCGAACCUGGACAAAUGCGAGGCAGACGAGAGGUGCUGUCGGAACACCUCGCGGGCUUCGUCUCGAUGGGCUAUGUUCCAAUGGUUACGAUUUCUUCGGCGAUGGUGACCCUGCAAGUGGUUGGCAACGUAGUCGACUUGGAAAUCAGGGAUGAUCUCCUGCUCAUCGAGAGCUGUGCAGACUCUACCCAGACCAUGCUAGCUAUCUUCAAUGGUCUCAAACCUCCAGCUGUCGAGAGCGACGAGAUUCGAUACUGUACAGAGGUUAUGCCAAUCGAGAAUAUGCUGGCCAGUCUGACGGAGGAUAAGUUCGUGCACCCAUCGCGCAAGAUGCCAGGAUCCAUGGACACCGAUGAGGAGGAUCUGGUUCAUUAUGAUGAAGACCUUCCAACCAAUCUGUCAUUCGUCGAGAGCUAUUAUGGUCACAAAACCCCGCCGGUGCAACCAUCGGAGGCGCUCGCGGACAGUAUGCUCGAGGAGGAUCUUCUAGCGAUGCGAAUCCCGAAUCUCAGCAGAGAGGGAAGUGGGAAUGAUAGUAUCUUCAAGGAAGAUGUCAAGGUGCUAGACUCGAUUGUGAUCGUGGAGGAUCAUUUCGGAAGGACCACCCUGAGGCGGAGAGGAAAGCGGUCCCUUAACCAGACUGCGGUUGAGAAGGCUGAGUUUUUCCCUCUGCGCGUCCGAGUACGAGACGUCCAUGUCAUCUUCAAUCUCCAUGAUGGUUACGACUGGCAGAGAACGCGGGACACCAUAUCCCAGGCUGUUCGAAAAGUCGAAUCCAAAGUCGCCGAGAGACGAAACCGACGAGUAUCAUUCGACAUGGAGGAGGAUGAUGAGAGUGUUGUCGAUGAUUUCUUGUUCAAUUCGAUCUACAUCGGCAUUCCGGCUAACCGCGCCCCCGGAGACCUUACGAAUGAUAUCAACAGGCAUUUUGACGAUCAGAUGUCUGAAACAUCAUACGCUACUACUACCGCAGAGGGUAGACCGUUAUCUGCGCGUUCGCGGUCGACCGUAACCGGAGACUUUCACCAUUCACGGUCAGGGAAGAAUCGCAGCGGACUCAAACUCAGCCGGAGCAGACACCAUAAGAUGCAAUUCGAACUCAAGGGCGUCAAUGUAGAUUUCUUGCUCUUCCCGCCAACAUCCGAUGAGGUUCAAUUGAGUGUUGAUGCUAGGAUCCGGGAUCUGGAGAUCUUUGAUAAUGUUCCCACCAGCACUUGGAGGAAGUUUGUCACCUACUGCCAGGAAUGUGGGGACCGCGAAAUCAACAGCGAUAUGGUUCGUCUUGAGUGCAUGGUCGUCAAGCCAGUACCAGGCCUGGCGGCUACCGAACUGAUUCUCAAGGCCAACAUACUUCCACUCCGUCUCCACGUCGACCAAGACACCCUCGACUUCCUCACUCGCUUCUUCGAAUUUAAGGACGAUUCCGCCAGUGCUGCACCCCCAGGAAAGGCACUGGAAGAGCCCUUCCUACAGCGGGUCGAAAUCAAUGCUGUCCGCGUCAAAUUGGACUACAAACCUAAGUAUGUCGAUUACGGUGGCCUCCGCUCGGGUCAUACGACGGAGUUCAUGAAUUUCUUUAUCCUGGAGGAGGCCGAUAUGGUGCUCCGCCGAGUUAUCCUGCACGGAAUUUCUGGGUUCACGAGAAUGAGCAAAGUCCUCAACGACACCUGGAUGCCCGAUAUCCAGACUACUCAACUCGGUGGUGUCCUUGCCGGGGUGGCGCCCGUUCGCUCUCUCGUAAACCUGGGCAAGGGCGCAAGAGACCUGGUUGUUGUGCCUGUCCGGGAAUACAGAAAAGACGGUCGUAUUGUUCGCUCGUUGCAGAAGGGUGUUGGAGGUUUUGUUCGAAACACCGCUGGGGAAUUAGUCCGACUAGGGGCCAAGGUAGCAGUUGGAACCCAGGCGUUGUUGCAAAGCGCGGAAGGCGCGCUCUCUGGUGGCAGCGAAAACUACGCUGUGGUUGAGGUUGGGGAUGACGACUACGAGCCCGACAGCGAACGUAUCGUCUCGCUGUAUGCUGACCAGCCUGAGAGUGUGAUGCAAGGAUUGCGCGGUGCCUCGAGGUCCCUGAGACGUAACUUCGGAGAGGCUAGAGACGCGAUCCUCACAUUGCCAGCCGAGAUGGCGGAGGGGGGGGAUGCGAGAGGUGUUGCAGCCGCGGUCGCAAGAGCCGCUCCCAGGGCGGUCAUCAGGCCUGUCAUUGGCGUCAGUGAGGCUGUUGGGCGCACGUUGAUGGGAGUCGGCAAUGCGAUGGAGCCCGAGAGGAGGCGCGCUCGCGAGGACAAGUACAAGCAUCGGUGAAUACGAUGAUGCGAUAUUGGGAUGUUUGUUUCUCGCUUUUUUUCUUUUUCAGUUUUCUCUUUUUUGGUUUCCUUCUUGCUUACUGCUGGCUUCAUGUACUGAACGGACUGGCGUGGAGUUUGUUAUUGCCUUCUAUGAACUUGGAUCAAUUGUUAUGGGUGUCUUUUUUCUUUUUCUUUUCUUUCUUUCCCGUCUUUUGUUUAAACGUUUGCUUGCCUACCUUACUUGCUUUCUGAUGUCGUAGAUCUCUACUUCUUACUUCUUCUGUCUCGUCAUCGACACAUCGUUGUAUUUUGAUUUUUGUUUGGUAGGAGAGAUGUGAUGUGAUGUGAUGUGAUGUGGCAUAUACGGCUCGUGUACACGGUUUAUAUGAUUGAAAUGCAAUACGUAUAUACAAUGUG